AUGCCUCCUAAUGGGACGAGUGUCACGAUUACGAACCCUCUGGUUCUCUACAGGAGUCUUAUAGCAACACAACAAAUUCGUCCCGAUCCCGGACAACAUCGCUUGGCCUUACAUCUACAGAAACUCUAUGAUCAACUCAAAGACUAUGAACCCAGUGUAGAAUACUCCAAACGCCUCAAUCAAUUGACUCGAGCUAUCAAGGCCGGCCAAGAUGUCUUGCCACCACCUUCCACUGCCACUGCCGAGCUGGGCAGCUUUGACCGAAGUUGGAUAUGGAAGACCCUCGUAAACCAGAAAGAGCAGCGCGACUCACGAGCAUUGACGCGUGUACUGAUUGAUCAUGACCAAGCCAUGGCCCUUCAGAGCCCGAAGGGCCUUAUGCUCCAUGGCGAAGUUGGCACUGGCAAGUCCAUGCUCAUCGACCUAUUCCAGGAAUGUCUACCGAACCGCAAGAAGAAGCGCUGGCAUUUUGAUACUUUCAUGUUGCACACUAUUUCCCGCUUGGAACAGCUCCGCAAGUCUCGUACGCUUACAAGGACCGCUGAUGGUCAGGAUGAGUACUCGCUGCUGCUCGUAGCACGAGAUCUCAUUGAAACAAGCCCGAUCUUGUUCCUUGAUGAAUUCCAAUUCCCGGACCGUGUGGCGAGUAAGAUCUUAUCGAACCUGAUGACGAGCUUCUUCCAGCUUGGCGGUGUGUUGAUAGCGACCAGCAACCGCAUGCCAGACGAGCUAGCUAAAGCUGCGGGUGUUGAGUUCGCUAGACCGGCCCCAGGUGGCGCGUUCAGCAAGCUGGGCUGGGCGAACCGCAUGCCUGGGUUCCGUGCAAAGAACGAUGGAGCCGGGCAGAAAGGCGAGUUCUUUCAGUUCCUUGAGGUGCUGAAGGCGAGAUGUGAGGUUUGGGAGAUGGAGGGUAAAAAGGAUUACCGGAAACUCGAGAUGGAAGAAGAUGGAGGUGCUCGAACGUCAACGCCUGCAUCGGACGCCGUCUCGAUCGCGUCUGUAGGUCUGCCAGCUGGAACGGCGAACGAACUCGAGACGACAGAUCCCACACCAGCCACCGAAGUCACACUCCCAAGGAACUACCUCAUCCAACCAGCCACCGUCGAAGAAAUGACCACAUUCGCCGAAUCCUUCAACUCUCUCAUCGAACGUGCAGCUGUCCACGCCUACCCCAUCCCCUGGGAACCCGCAACCCUCACCGUGUACGGCCGGCGCGUCGACAUCCCCGCUCAACACAACGGCGUAGCUUUCUUCACCUUCGAAGAACUCUGUGGCGCCGUCCUCGGUCCCGCAGACUACGUCUCUCUCGCCUCCACCUACCACACCUUCAUCCUCACCGAUGUCCCCAUCCUCACCUUCCUGCGCAAACACGAAGCCCGCCGGAUGAUCACGCUUCUCGAUGCGCUCUAUGAAGCGCGCUGCCGCCUGCUCAUCACCGCCGCCGCGGAUCCGGAUGAGAUCUUCUUCCCUGCCCCGAAGGGCGCGGUCAACGAAGCCGGCGAGGAGGUCCUGAGUGAAGACGCUGUUUAUCCGGAAACGUACUCGGAAAUCCACCAGGAUCUUACCAGCCCGUUCAGACCCAAUGUAUCUUCGUACGGCACGAACACACGCGCAAUGCCCGACGACGCGCUCGAAGACGACCCGCCGAACCGCGCGCGCCGGAUGGCGGGCCUGAGCGAGUCUGACUACGGCGACGAAGAAGCGAGAACUCGCGAGUCAAUGACAGCAGACAACAAGAAACCCGACUUCGCCAAUCUUCGCGGCCUUACGGGUGAAGACGAGGUCUUCGCCGUCAAGCGCGCUCAGAGCCGGAUCUGGGAGAUGUGUUCGGCGCGGUGGUGGAGUAAGAGCGCUGUGAAUGCGGACGAGGGGAGUGAUGUGGCGAGUCAGGGGUGGUGGCGUCCGUUGUCGAAGGAGAGUAGGCAUUGGGAACGUCCUGCAACGGCACAAAAUCCCGCCGCUACACCGGCUUCUCUCUCCCCUCUGUCGUCCGACGAGGAAAUGGAGAACAUGUUCCGCCACGGCGCGAGUCCGUUCAGAACGACGUCUGAUCCGCCCCCGAAGUUCAGUGAGGCGCAUGCCUGGGGCGUGACGACGUGGGGGAAGAAGGCGGGGGCGUGGGGGAAGGGGGUGGAGGGGUUGAAGGAGAGGAGGAAGGUUGUGGAUGCGGAGGAAGGGGAGGGGAGAGUGAGUGGGAAGAUGGAGAGGAAGUUCGAGGAGGAGGUCAAGGAUGAUGUGGCGGAGGGGAAGGGGGAGGGGAAGGGGAAGGGUGCGAAGACGAGCAUGGGGGAGGGGGUGCCGUGGACGCCUUCAUAG